AUGCUCACCACCCCAGGCUCAUAUACCAUUCCUAUCGAUUGGGCAACUGACUUAAGUAAAGGCACCAAAUCUGUGCCAUUCAUCUCACCAUGUUUCCCCGAUGUUGCCACUCGAUCCAAUGCACCGACCGCCUCGAUCUCCAUCCCGACCUCGUCUUCCCCGUCUGUUGCCUCUCACCCACCAGCGUCCAACAUCGUUUCUAAGGCCGUUCUUUCGUCCGCUGUCCCCUCCGCACAACCAGUUUUUCCUCCCGGACCACCUGAUUCUUCUGACCCCAGUAUUUGUGCACUAGUUCCUACUUUAGCCCCCACGUGUCAUCUUUCUGACGCCCCUGCUGAUAAUUUCAUUUAUGGUUCUGAUGCUGAUGAUGUGCACCCCGCCGUCGCUCCAUCAUUCAAACACAAGACUACAUUAUCACUCCUGGACGCUAUCAAUUCCCUGGACCCUAAGCUGCCCGAGAGCGUUAAACAAGCUCAAGCACAGAAAGAAUGGCCUAAUUGGGAAGCUGCAAUUUACAAAGAGCACGCGGUCGAUGACAGGAACCAACUUGCCGAUCUCAUUCCUACUGCAGAUGUCCCUCAUGACGCUCGCAUCAUCCACUCCAAACACGUUUUUAACAUUGAACACGACUAA